AUGCCUCUCACCUUGAACAAUGGGUCAUAUUCAGGGUCAUCACGUCCAGGUGUGUUUGCAGUAUCACUGAUGUCAUACCUCUUAAGCGGAAAGUUAAAUUGUUUGGCGAAGUCGGCGUUUGAGGAGGUUGCCCCUUUGUUGGCGAAACAGACUGAACCCGUAGAUGUCGAUUUGUACACCACUUUACUGAUAUAUAAUAUCAUCUGUACGGUUGCCUUUGGUAAGAGCUACAAAUUUGACGAUCCAGAGUUUCUGUGGCUGAAAGAAAAACUGGCGGAAAUUAUGACCGUUUUAUUUGGAAGUCGCCUGCCUGCUGACAUCUUACCUUUUCUUAAGCACGUCCCUAUUCCCUCAACCCGCAGAGCAAAAGAAAUUCGCAAUGAGAUGAUUGAUUUUCAAAGGCGAAUGUUAAAGGAGCACGAAGCCAGUCUAAAUCCAGAAAAUGUUAGGGACCUCACCGACCAACUGCUGUUAGCGCGCCAGGACCAUGGUACAACCAACGACGGAGACGUUAAGAAAGUUUUGACAGAUGAUUGCAUUAUUCAAAUAGUGUUGGAUACUUUUAUUGGUGGAGUAAUCGCAUCGAGAGAAACGUUUAAAUGGCUUUUGUUGUACGUAGCUGACAAACCAGACGUGCAAGAAAAGAUGCAUCUGGAAAUUAUGGACGUUUUUGGUGAGAUAACAACACUCUCAAGAUCCAAGAUGAAAUAUUGCGAGGCGGUUUUUAAAGAGACCCUUAGAAUUCGGCCGGCUACACCAUGCACACUGGCGCAUAAGGCACUGCGAGACACUACACUUGGUAAUCGAAUACGGACUAAAGUUGUUUUCAGUAAUUAA